UUUUUUUUUUUUUUGUUACGGUUCCGGUUUAAUCGGUUUCAAACCAGACACCUCUAACACCAACGUCAAACCAGACACCUCUAACACCAACAGCAGUUGAUUCCAUUAACCAAAAUCUCCAAAAGAAACCCUAAAAGAUGAAGAAAACCAAAAAUUUCCGAAAAAGAAGUAUAGCAGAGGUAGAAGACGACCAUACAGAAGUUCAAGAAGACGGCAAUGACAUGCGAUUGGCUUUAGAGGAGAUCAAGUUUCUUCAGAAACUGAGGGAGAAGAAGUCGGGAGUCCCGGCAGUGGUUAAAACAGGGCAGGCUGCUGCUGCUGCUAGUGGUGGUAAUAGUGCGGGUGGGUUGGUUUCGAAAGGCGGAGAUAAGGGAGACGGGGAUGGGGAAAAAGACGAUUUGGUUUUACAGGAUACUUUUGCUCAGGAGACUGCUGUCAUGGAUGAAGACCCGCAUAUGUUAAAAUAUAUCGAGCAAGAGUUGGCGAAGAAAAAAGGGAAGAAUAUUGAUGUGACAGAUCAAGUUGAAAACGAUAUAAAACACGCAGAGGAUGAGUUAUACAAAAUUCCAGAGCACCUUAAGGUCAAACGGCGGAACUCGGAGGAAAGCUCUACUCAGUGGACCACUGGAAUUGCUGAAAUCCAGCUUCCCAUUGAAUUUAAGCUGAAAAAUAUAGAGGAAACAGAGGCUGCCAAAAAGCUUCUGCAGGAGAAGAGGCUAAUGGGCCGGGCCAAAACCGAAUCUACCAUACCUUCAAGUUAUAGUGCUGACUAUUUCCAACGUGGCAAGGACUAUGCGGAAAAACUUAGGAGAGACCAUCCAGAGCUUUACAAGAACAAAGGUGCAAAUAACAAUGGGGAAUCUAAAGCCAGUGAUCCUGCUGCUGUAGAUGGAGGCGAUGGUGGUGGUGGUGGUGGUGGAGGUGGUGGAAGACAAGCGGCAACGGAUCAGAUCAUGCUUGAGCGUUUCAGAAAGAGAGAACGCCAUCGUGUAACUAGGAGAUGAUAAACAAGUUUUUGGUAGUGGCUUGUGGACUCUUUGAUGGUUUGGUGUUUUUUAAACAAGUUGAACUAUAUCCAUAUAACCAAUUUCAGGCGGUGUUCUUUGACAUUAAAAUUUAUGGGAUAUGUACUUUAUGAUUCAAAAUCUUGCACGUUA